CGAGGAGUCCAUCUUCAUCGUAUUUGGUGAUACCCUCAUUGUAUGUUUCUUCAUCUUGUUUUUUUUUUCACAGUUGACUUGACAACUCUGCACCCUGUCCCAUCGUCCCUCUCCCCCUCGUCGAAAACCCCACUCUUGGGACAUUUAGAUGUUUACCGCAACGGUUCGGCGCUCCUUUUUUGGUCUCAAAGCACACUAGCACCGAUGACCAUCAUGGGCGUCGACCAAAAUGCUAUUACUGUGUUGAAAAUACCUCAAAAUGGAACACUGAAAAACCAACGCGUUAACGACGACCGAUUCUUUCGGGUCCCUCCAGGGUAACUUUGCGUUUCAAGUAACGAUAAGGUAUCAAACUU